AUGCAAAUCCAUCUUGGGCGUGGACCCAGGGGAUUUGAAGAAGUGUCGACCGUACAGGCUCAAGGAAACUUCUACCUAUGGGAGAGUGAAACCAUGAAAGCGGCGCUCAUGCGUCUUUGCCCACCUCGUCUAUGGCCACAUGCGUCGUAUAAUAAUUCAUGCCCUCGACCUAUUCUUGUUAACCUUCGCCAUGAAACGAUGCUGCGCGAGUUAAAUACUGCGCUAACCCUUUCAUUGACGGAUAUCGUGGAUCGAUGGUGGAGCGACAAGGCCGCAAAGUUUCCCCAGAGGAUGCCUCUUGAGCCAAUAGAGGAGGGUCUCUUAAAGUACGUGCAACGUGCCCUGUCGCCUUACAAAGAACGCAAAGGAUCGUGGAGGCCCGAUUUCCUGGUUGAGGAUAUACACUGCGCAGAUGGUGCCGUCCACGAAAACUUCCGAAUCACCGAGAUCAAUGCCCGGUUUUCUUUCAAUGCGUAUAUGCACGCAGUGUUUGGGCACACGGCUCUGGAAGAUACGGGCAUGGCAAGAUAUGGGCUCGUCCCUGCUACGACUCCGAAGAAGGUCAUCGACGGACUAUUCACUCUGUUUCGGCGAGAUCGUCCUCUCCAUCUCUUGAAAGGUAAAGAGCCUGGCGUUGACUUCUACAUGUUCGUCGAAGCUGUGAAGCGCCGCACAGGCUCGGCGCCACGAGUAAUUGGCCCUUCAGACCUACGAUUGGUGAUCAACGAGAAAAGAAAAACGGGUUAUAUGCUCUGUGCAAUCUCAAAGGCACCUACCUGUCACGCUACUUCCACUGCAGCGUCUCCUGUCUUCGUCACCGAAGACGGAGAGUUUGUAGAAGAGAUUUUUCAGGUUGGACUUGAGCUACACCAGCGUGAGCUGGUUGGUUUGCCUCUUAAUAUGCUCCAAGAGCUCUGUGCAAUCUGCUUCAAUGAUCUGCGGACUAUAUUUCUAGUCCAUGACAAGCGCAUGCUAGGAAUCAUCAAGCAGGAGCUUCAGGAUCAAGUUGCGCGCGGAGUGCUCAGCCAGCAACAAGCUGUGAUUCUCGAUCGCGGGAUUGCAGAUACCUAUUUGCCGGGCUCGCCUGAGAUUCAAGAAAUACUUGAUCACUCAGAAAAGCACCCUGAAGUCCGCCAACAUUUCCUCCUGAAGGCAAUUAGAGGUGGAAAAGGAGAUGGCAUCGUAUUUGGCGAUGAGAUGACCAAUGAAGAGUGGAUUGCGGCCUUGCAGCGCCGGGUCUCCCCGGGACUCGACCUAGAAACAUCCUCUGUCGUACAGCGUCGAAUUAUUUCUAGGCGGUAUAACAUGGUGUUGAAGGCGUCGGGAGAAAAAGUGAACUACCCAUUGAUCGGAACAUAUUUUACUGUCAAUGGCGCAUAUCUCGGCUUAGGAGGCUGGCGGAGCAGCAACGAACGCAUCUGUACUGUCGGAAAUGGCGGAGCCUGGAUUUGCUCUGUGAUACGUAGGGAAGACCAAUUUGGAGAGACUGUCUUGAGCCAGGGGGAGGGGUUGGAGAGAAACUGA